GGUCCCGACCCGAGAGACCCAAACAACAGUUUCAUUUUCUUUUCUCAAACCCGCCAACACGGCUCAUCAAAUAUAAAUUGUUUGUCACCUGAAAUUUUUUAAUCUGUGUCUCUGUUUGUUAGGGUUUUCUAUUUUGUUUGCUAUCAUCCUGUUACACAGUCAAUCAACGUUUGUUACUUUUUCAUCCUUUAAUAUAUGGUUUAGAGCAUGUAUUCAUCUAGAGGCAAUAGUGCCUACGGGCAGCAAACAUACGGAGGGCAAUCUGGCUAUGGUCAAAAUCUGGGAACUGCGUAUGCUGGAGGCUCAGUUGGAGGGCCUGAUGGAGGAUCUCAACAUUCCCUGGCUGCUAGGCAUUCGUCGAUGUUGAGUGCUUCUCAAGAAGCAGAUAUUGGUGGAUACAGAGGCUCUGCAGCACAUUAUGCGGGGCAAUAUGGGACUAUCUAUGGCUCAUCUGCCAUGACUGGUUCUCAACAGGCAUCCACAAUCAGCGCCAAAGGGACUGGACCAUCAGCUUUGGAAAGUCGCGGUGGCUAUGCCUCAGCUCUACCUGAUUCUCCAAAAUAUGCGUCUGCUGAUUACAUUUCAUCAUCUAGUCAUGGAUAUGGUCAUAAAAGUGAUAAAUUAUAUUCUGAGAAGAUUCAUGAUUAUCCGGCAAUAGAGAGGCGUCAAUAUGGUGAACGGCAGAGUGCAUAUAUGGGGCGGGAAAUCCAAAGUGAUCCAGCUACACGAUAUGCAGAUCCUGUUAGUUUUAGUCAUCAACAUCAGGCUGGUAUGUAUGAACGCAUCGAUCAGGCAUCACUUCUUCGGCAAGAACAGUUACUGAAAUCUCAGUCUAUGCAAUCUGCUUCUCUUGACGGAGCUUCCAGACCAGUUGAGUAUCUUGCAGCAAGAGGUGCUGCUAAUCGUCAUUCCACUCAAGAUCUUGUGUCUUAUGGAGGAAGAAUGGAUGCUGAUCCUCGCAGUUCAUCAAUGCUUAGUGCUUCUUCAUAUAGUGCGCAACAUGCUCCUUCGAUAUUAGGAGCAGCUCCAAGGAGGAAUGUGGAUGAUCUCCUGUAUGCUCAGAGUUCGUCAAAUCCAGGCUAUGGAGUUAGUUUGCCCCCUGGUAGGGAUUAUGGCACCGGCAAAGGGCUCCAUGGGACAUCCCUUGAUUUGGACUAUCGUGGUGGUCAUUUGAGGAUGGAUGAGCGUAGGGAUGAUAGAGCUGGCUAUCUUCGGGAGUUCGAGCUAAGAGAAGAGGAGCGUCGUCGAGAGCUUUUGCGUGAGAGGGAGAAAGAAAGAGAAAGGGAGAAAGAAAGAGAACGCGAAAGAGAACGAGAGCGAGAAAGAAAGCGCGAAAGGGAACGCAUUUUGGAGCGACGUGAGAAGGAGAGGGAGCGAGAGCGGAAAUGUGGACUCAAAAUUAGGCGUGAACGAACUCCACCAAGAGUCUCAAGGGAUAGACGUGGGCCCUCAUUGAUGAAGGAGGAGAGAACCUUGCGACGAGAUUCUCCAAGCCAUGAAGCUUCACAUAGGCGUCACUCACCUGUUAAAGAAAAAAGAAGAGAAUAUGUCUGCAAGAUUCAUGCGUCCAGUCUGGUUGAUAUCGAGCGGGACUUUUUGUCCUUAGAUAAGAGAUACCCCAGAUUGUUCAUGUCACCAGAAUUUUCCAAGGUUGUCGUAAACUGGCCAAAGGAGAAUCUUAAACUUUCUAUCCACACACCUGUCAGUUUUGAGCAUGAUUUUGUUGAAGAUGCAAGUGCUGUUGAGGCAAGAGACCCUCCUUCAACUAAGCUUCAACAACUUGUAAAGUCAGAGACUGGGCAUACAGUAUGGAACGCAAAGAUAAUUUUGAUGAGUGGACUUAGUAAGAAUGCCCUGGAGGAGCUGUCAUCUGAGAAAAGCUAUGAUGAUCGUCUACCACAUUUCUGCAAUAUUCUUAGGUUUGCCAUCCUAAAAAGGGAUCGUUCUUUCAUGGCUAUUGGUGGUCCAUGGGACUCUGCUGAUGGUGGCGAUCCCUCGGUUGAUGAUUUUGCUUUAGUUCAAACAGCCCUCAGAUAUGCAAGGGAUGUAACCCAAAUUGAUCUGAAGAACUGCCAUAACUGGAAUCGUUUCCUGGAGAUACACUAUGAUAGAUAUGGCAAGGAUGGGUUCUUCAGCCAUAAAGAGAUCACUGUCCUGUUUGUUCCAGAUUUAUCUGAGUGCCUGCCGUUGUUGGAUGCAUGGCGAGAACAGUGGCUUGCUCACAAGAAGGCUGUAGCCGAGAGAGAGCGGCAACUCGUGUUAAACAAGGAGAGGGCUAGAGAGAAGAAAGAAGGGCAGAAAGAUAAAGGGACAAAUUCUUCAAAAGAUUCUAAAAGAGUGGACAAAUCAGAAAAAACCAAAGAGUCUGCGCCUUCAGGUGCCAACAAAACUGAGAAAGAUGGAAAAGGUAAAGUUACUGCGCAAAAGGGUGAUGAAAAUGACAAGAACCUUGAGAAAAAGGAGGGGACUGAACAGGGGGAUGCUGCAGCUGCUCAGAUAGCUGAUGGUGCGAAGACUGGAAAAAAGAAGAUAAUAAGGAGGAUUGUCAAACAGAAGGGUCCUAAAAAGACAAUUGAUGCUGGGAGUACUGUCUCCAAGCAGAAUGAGGCAUUAGGUGAGAAUGAUGCGGUGGAGAACAAUAAAAGAUCUGAGAUUUCUAGUGAGCAGAAUGAAUCUUCUGCUGAUCCUUCUGGAGUUAAAACUUUUGUGAGGAAGAAAGUUGUAAAAAGGGUUCCAAUGGGAAAAACUACUGAAAAUAAGGAUAAGGAAUUGCAGCUUGAGGUUAAAGCAGAGAAGGUAGCGGUCUCCACUGAAGAUAAACCCAAGGAUAAUUCAGAAACCAGCAAUGCUGUGGGCUUGCCAGGUACUAAUGUCAAAACAGCCAUAAAGAAGAAAAUAAUUAAAAGAGUAAUCAAACGGAAGCUCACUAGUGCGGCCCAGAAGGAUGAAAAGAAAGUAGCUCAGGCAGAUAAUAUAGCAGAAAAUCUGGAGAAAGAAAGAACAAGUGGAGAAAACCAGGCGAGUAAGGUACAGAAAUUAGAAAAGAAAGUAAUCCCUACUUCAAAAUCACCAAGUGCAGAGAAGCAAGCUACUGUGCCCAUAUCAAAUAAAACAGAAACCAAAGCUGUCAAGGAGGAUAAAAAGGACGACAAGGAAACUGAUGGGAAAAGUGGCUCAGUUAAUAAAAUUGAUGGUAAGACCGACAAACAAAAACUUGCUGAGAGGGAUAAUUAUGAAGGCAAGAAAGGAAAUCCGAAGGGUGAUGAAAAGUCAAAGGAUGAUAAGAAGGACAAAGAUUGGAAAGAUGAUUCUAGGAGCAAAUCUAACAAGGAUUUGAAAGAAAAGAGAAUACCUGAAGAGCCUCCUAGACAUCCAGGAUUGAUUUUGCAAACAAAAGGGGACAAGGACACUAAGCUGCGCUCAUUGUCCCUUUCGCUUGACUCACUCUUGGACUACACUGAUAAUGAUAUUGAGGAAUCAACAUUUGAGCUUUCAUUAUUUGCUGAAUCAUUUUAUGAAAUGCUUCAGUAUCAGAUGGGCUCUCGUAUUUUGACAUUUCUUCAGAAACUGCGCAUUGAAUUUGUAACAAAAAGAAAUCAACGUAAGAGGUUGCGGGAGGAAAUGGAAGAGAAAGAUAAGGAGAAGAAAUCAUCUACCAAACGCUUGAAGACUAAUGAGCUUGAUGUGAAAGCUAAAUCCACAGAAUCUGACUUGUUAAAUGCAGACCAACCAGAGGAUCGAAAAACUAAAGAUAAAAAAACUUUAGAAAAGGAAGAUACUUCUGUUGACAAUGGUGAUGAAGGAAAGUUGGAAGAUGAAUCCGAUUAUGAGGAAGACCCAGAAGAAGAUCCUGAAGAAGAUGAAGAAAUGGAGGAUACCGAGGAUGACUCGUUUAAUGAGAAAAAUGAAGAAGAUGAGAAGAUGAGUCUGGAAGCUGAUCAUGAACCAGUGGCUGGUAAUGGAAAAGAAAAAGCAGAGAAAGAUGCCAAAGAGACAAAAAGUGAAGAGGCAAAGGCCAAAUCUGAUGUUGAUUUAUCUGAAAGAAGUGACGCAAAGACGGUGACUGGAAAGAAAGAGCCAUCUAUUGCUGAGGAGUCUGUGAUUGACAAGGAACUAUUGCAGGCUUUCAGGUUUUUCGAUCGUAAUCGAACAGGCUAUAUUAGGGUUGAAGACAUGAGGUUGAUAAUCCAUAACUUGGGGAAGUUUCUGUCCCACAGAGAUGUCAAGGAACUUGUGCAAAGUGCACUGUUGGAGAGCAACACAGGGAGAGAUGACCAUAUUCUUUAUGGCAAGCUCGUCAGAAUGACUGAUAAAUGAGUCUGCGGUUUCUGGUCGGUCUUGAUAAAUGCUCUUUGAAGAUAUCUCCACUCAAUAGCUCUCGAUGAGGGUAUGGGGCCUUGUUGAUUAUGUUCAGAUUGAUUUUGAUUUUGUAGUUUGUACCUGUUUUUGUAGCUUAGGUUUUUCACAAGUCUGAUUAAAUAAUGGGAAAAUGUAAAUUGUCAUCUGAGUAACGUAACAAGUGAAGUUUUAGGGGCAAUUAUAACUAUGCUCCCGGUGAUGAUCCUGGCAUAGAUUUUGAUUUAUGGUAGAAGCUGCUUUGUGAUU